GGUUUGCUUGUGUCAUACACGUAUAUACAUGUUUCUAUGUAUUAUGCGUGCAUAAUAAUAGUGUAUCAGCAUAAAUAAUGAAGCUGACCAUUAUGUCAAAGUAGUCUGGCCAAUCGACGACGACGCUAGUACCAACUUAAUCGGGAUUCUUACAUGUACUGGACAUGUACUCGAAGUCAGCUAGUCCCAAGUCAGGGGUUCAUUCGCUGAGGAUUCGAAAGAAAAUUCCAAUCCAGGCCAAGCUUUAAACUCUCUUCUAAGUGGUUCUGUGCCUUCUUCCCCGCAACUUUCUUCGCGCUAUCAUGAACGGUCCAAAGAAAAAUACUACCCGAGCUAAACCUCUUAUGGAGUAUAGCGAGCCUGCCUCGGCCAUCCUAGUGGAUGAUUUUCCCGACUAGGAAGGCUAGAAUAUUCUUACCCGGAUUGCUUAUUUUCUUUUUUAUCUAAAAAGAGACAAGGGGCGAGUGAGAGAGUGAGAGCGAGAGAAGUCAUCCCAAUAAUUGUUGUGCACGUGUGGUAGUAAAUACCUACUACUCAUGUAUAGAUGUGUUGUCUAUAUCAUUUUCGAAAGAUAUAACUUAACUCAUUCGCCGAACUGACAUCAAAAGCCGAUAAACACCUAAGAGGAAAAGUCAGCUAUGGCUUCAGUACCGGAAAAGAGUAUCGACGAUGAUGGGGUCGGGACGGUACCAACACCAGUACCAGACGUGGCGCUGAAAGAGGAACAAGAGGCUCAAGAGACUCUGAGCGAUGUAAUCCGAAACGCAAAGUUGGCAACAGAAAAGGAACACAGCAUGACCCUGUGGCAAGGUCUCAAGCUGUACCCAAAAGCCAUCGCGUGGAGUGUUCUCAUCUCGACAUGCAUUGCCAUGGAAGGAUAUGAUGUCUCUUUGGUCAACAACUUUUACGCCUUUCCCCAGUUCAACAAGAAGUAUGGCGUCGCGUUGACCGCCUCAGACGGCACGGUAUCUUAUCAAGUUCCGGCAGCGUGGCAGGCUGGUUUGAGUAACGGCGCAGUAGUGGGCGAAAUCAUCGGUCUAUUGAUUAAUGGCUGGGUGUCAGAACGAUUCGGUUACCGCUAUACCGUGAUCGCGUGUCUCGUGCUUGUCAUCGCUUUUACGGCCAUCUUUUUCACUGCCCAGACUGUUGUGCAUCUUCAGGUUGCGGAGAUCCUAUGUGGUAUCCCAUGGGGUGUCUUCCAGACUCUCACCAUCACUUACGCAUCCGAGGUUUGUCCUGUAGCUCUACGUGGCUACUUGACAACUUACGUCAACUUCUGUUGGGGAAUUGGUCAAAUGAUCGGCAUCGGUGUUAUCAUGGGCAAUCUUUGGCGUACCGACGAAUGGGCUUAUCGUAUUCCGUAUGCGCUCCAGUGGAUGUGGCCGGUACCCCUGAUAGUCGGAAUAUACUGCGCACCCGAAUCUCCUUGGUGGUUGAUAAGAAAAGGAAGACUCGAAGAUGCUAAACGCUCGCUUCUUCGUCUUACUAGCCUUGAUCGAGAAACGGAUUUCGAUGCCGAUGAGACCGUUGCCAUGAUGGUGCAUACUUCGGCAUUGGAACAGAAGAUCACCAAAGGAGCUAGUUAUCUCGAUUGCUUCAAGGGGAUCGACAGACGUCGCACAGAGAUUGUGUGCAUGUGUUGGGCGAUCCAGAAUUUGAGCGGCAAUUCAUUCUCCAAUUACUCGACGUAUUUCUUGCAGCAGGCCGGUCUUAGCAAUGACAAGGCAUACUCAUUUGCCAUGGGUCAAUACGCCAUCAAUUGUGCCGGCGUCUUCGGUGCUUGGACCCUGAUUACCCUUGGUAUUGGACGAAGAACCCUUUACCUGUACGGUCUUGCGGCUCUAUUCGUCAUGCUUUUGAUCCUCGGGUUCCUUGGCCUGGCUAAGGACAGGGAUGCUGCGUCGCUCGCCACAGGUAGUAUUAUGUUGGUGUGGGCUCUGUGUUACCAGCUGACGGUCGGCACUGUGUGCUACUCCUUGGUUGCCGAAAUUUCGACGAGACGCCUACAGAUUAAGACUGUAGUGCUUGGGCGAGUUCUAUACAAUAUCGUCGGAAUUAUCUGCGGUGUUUUGACUCCGUAUAUGUUAAACCCCUCAGCGUGGAACUGGGGUAACUAUGCUGGAUUCUUCUGGGCCGGAUCAUGCUUCCUGUGCUUUAUCUACACCUACUUCCGCGUACCAGAGCCAGCCGGACGAACGUUUGCAGAGUUGGAUCUGCUAUUCGAGAAGAAAGUGAACGCGAGGAAGUUCGCAUCGACCGAUGUGGAUGUAUUCGCUGAACAUAUCGAGGGGAAUGUGAUGAAAGACUACCAUGACCAAAUCGCCGCCUCGAACAUGAAAUUGAAGACUCAGGGCGCUAUGGGGGCUGUAUCCUAUGCGUGAUAAACUCUGGGAGAUGGUUAAUUGAGACAAAGCAAGAUGUAUGUAGUUGGACAAGGUGAUAAAUGCUGUA